CAAACUACAAUUCCCAGGAUUCUUAGGGGCUUCCUAGGUUACUUUGCAAAGGCCUGGCGGGGACAAUGUGAAUGUCAGCAUAGAAAGUAAUGAAAGCACAUUAAUUCAAGUAAAAAGAGGGCCGGAGAGAAGGGAAAGUGGACGUCAGCUCCUUUACGGAGACUUUUUGUCUUGAUUUAUGCUCCUUGUUUUUUUUUUUUUGCCGGACACGCAGUGCAGAACUACCGAUGUGAAUGCGGACUUAAGUCCGCCUCUGGCCGGGUGUGGAGUUGGUAGUGAAGAUUUGCUCAUCUUAGCUGGCAUCUUCCCUCAGCGGAGCGGCUUUCUGUGAACAUGAUUUGUACCUUACUACGAGCUGUACGGUGCACGGGAAAGCUGCACAGCUUCUCGGGGAAGCAGUUGUUUUUGCCACACUUUGUACUUAACAAAGCUUGCUUGAAGACUGUGCCCAGUUUGAGGUGGGCUCUGCAAGAGCAGAAGACGGUACGACCUAGGUGUAUUUGGGGAGUCACCCAGAAGACCAUCUGGACGCAAGGACAGAGCACGCAGAGAGCGAAAGAGGACAGCGACAAACAAGUGUCUGUGCACAGAAGUCAGGGCGGGGAUACUGCCGUCUCAACGUCACAGAAAGUAAAAGAAGCUGGAAGAGACUUGACCUAUCUAGUAGUGGUACUUGUUGGAAUCACCAUUACAGGUGGCUUGUUCUACACGAUCUUCAGAGAACUUUUUUCCUCAUCUAGUCCUAAUAAGAUAUAUGGAAAAGCCCUAGAAAAAUGCAGAUCACAUCCUGAGGUCAUCAGUGUCUUUGGCGAGCCGGUCAAAGGCUAUGGGGAGACAACGAGACGUGGUCGACGGCAGCACGUCAGUUUUAUUGAAUACGUAAAAGAUGGGCUGAAGCACAUGCGUGUGAAGUUCUACAUCCAGGGCUCUGAGCCUGGGAAGCAAGGAACUGUGCACCUUGAAGUGAAAGAGAAUCCAGAAAGUGGCGAAUAUGAAUUUCGAUAUAUAUUUGUAGAACUGGAACCCUAUUCUAGAACUAUUGUCAUUGAAGAUAAUCGAUCCUAAGACAACUAAAAGAGCAAGCAAGUCUGUGUUUCCUGAUGGACGUGGAAAGGUGCAGGCUCUGAUGUUCACAGCCCUCGUCUGAGUCUAUUUUAAAUAAAACAAGAAAGAGUCUAGCUUAUAAAAAUGAAGGCAACUGGGUAGUUGUUGCAUUUAAACAAACUGAAUUAGAGGUUUUCUUGUAGAGUAAAAAAUCAUGAAAUAGAGCAUACUUUACGUUAUCUCAUUGACUUACUGAUCACGGGCAGUGUUUCUGCUCUACUUAACAUCUUUUAUGAUAAAUUUUUGGUAUUAAAAACUUUGCACCAUGUAAAUAAGAAAAUAGAGUUCAGCAUUUUAUGAUUUUUUUUAUGUUAUGUAACUAUAAAAUCUGUGAAAUAAAAUUAAAGCUAACAAAAAGA